CUUCACCCACUUCUUCACUAAUUCCAAACACAAGAAAAAGUCCACAAAAAAGACCUUUACGAAUGGCGAUUUACAGAUCUUUACUUUUGAUGAUUCUUCUUUUCAUGUCCGUCUCUCUAUCGACGGCCAGGAUCUUACCCGGAGAGUUUCUUCCGGUCAUUGAUGACGUCGUCUUCUCCGGAGAGAUCCCUCCUGUUUCUAAGUCGGCGGCGGUGGGUUGCGGAGGCGAGCAGGAGUCGAAGACGGAAUACUCUUCUUUUGUUCCUGAAGUUGUCGCCGGAAAGUUCGGCUCCUUGGUGUUGAAUGCUCUUCCGAAAGGGAAUCGUCCGGGGUCUGGGCCCAGCAAGAAAACUAACGACGUCAAGACUUAGAACUGUUCUUUGUCGAGUUUUCUGUCCUAAUUCUUACUUUUCUUUUUGUCCUUUAGAGAUUCUUUGAUUUUUCUUUUUCAUAUAGAGAUUGUUGUAAAUGUUACAUGUAUUACAGAAAAUCACAGUAGUAGUUUAGGAAAAAAAUAGGAUAUUAUGUGGUCAUUUUUAAUCGAAAUGAUCAAAUUCAGAUUAUCAUUUUGUAUCGAUUUAUCAAUAUUUGUUUGAUAAAUGUUCAUCAGCUUA